AUGUGGCGGAGGGCCGUCGCCGCCGCGGCGGCGGCAUCGCGCGACGCGCGCGGGCUCGCUUCGCCCGUCUUCGCGCCGCACAUCGCGCUCGACGCGGCGUCCGCGCGUCGCAUCUCGAGCGGCGUCGCCGCGUCGUCGUCGUCGUCGUCGUCCUCCUCCUCCUCCUCGUCGUCGUCGUCGACGCGACCCGUCGCCCCCUCGGACACGAUAUACGCGCUGUCGUCCGCUCCCGGGCGCGCGGGCGUCGCCAUCGUGCGCGUCUCCGGUCCGCGCGCGCGCGACGUCGCGCGGCUCGUCCCCCGCGGCGCGGCGCCGACGCCGACGCUGACGCAUCGGCGCGCGACGCCGACGACGUUCGCGUGCCCGCGCACGGGCGAGACGCUCGACCGCGGGAUCCUCCUGUGGUUCGACGGCCCGGCCUCGUUCACGGGCGAGGACGUCGCGGAGCUGCACGUCCACGGCUCGCUCGCGGUCACGCGAGCGCUGCUGGACGCGCUGUCGCGGCUGGGCGCGCGCGGCGGCGGCGGCGGCGGCGGCGACGACGACGACGGAGGAGGAGACGCGACGGACGAGCGCGCGGAAGAAGAACGCGAACGCGAACGCGUCGUCGAUCGCGGCGCGAUGCGUCACGCGGAGCCCGGCGAGUUCACCCGCCGCGCGUUCCGCAACGGCAAGCUCGAUCUCACGCAAGCGGAAGGCCUCGCGGACCUCCUCGACGCGGAGACGACGGCGCAGCGACGCCAGGCGCUGAAGCUCAGCGGCGGCGAGAUGCGCAGAGCGUACGACGGCUGGCGCGCGAGACUCAUCGCCGCAGCCGCGCACGUCGAAGCCGUGCUCGACUUUGGCGAGGACGCGGCCAUCGCGGACGACGUCUUUCGCGCGGUCGCGCCGGACGUUCGCGCGCUCGCCGCGUCGCUCGAGGAGCACCUGCGCGCGCCGAGGAGCGCGCACGAGCUCGUGCGGAGAGGGUUCAGGGUCGCGCUCGUGGGCGCUCCCAACGUUGGGAAGAGCAGCCUGCUCAACGCGCUCGCCGGGAGAGACGUCGCGAUCGUCUCGGGGACUCCCGGGACGACGCGCGACGCGAUCGAGGUGCCGCUUGACUUGGGGGGGUACAAGGUCGUCGUCACGGACACCGCGGGGGUGAGGGACGACGUGGAGGAUGACGUGGAGAGGGAGGGGAUCAGGCGGUCGGAGCGGAGCGCGCGCGACGCGGAUUUCGUCGUCGGCGUCGUCGACGCCUCCGUCGGCGUCGGCGUCGGCGUCGGCGCGGCGGCGCUCCCGGGUUGGGCUGCCGCGCCCGAUUUGACCGUGAUGAACAAGAUAGAUUUGAUAGGGACGUCCAAGUCGUUGAAAGGGGGCGGAGACGGCGCCGUCGUCGGGGUGUCGUGCGCGACGAACGAGGGCGUGGACGCGUUCGCGGCGGCGCUGAGAGACGCCGUGGAGUCGAGAGUCGGCGCGGGGAACUCUCGCGGCGCCGUGGACGUCGACGGCGUCGCGAUAACGCGUCUGCGUCACCGCGCGCGGCUCGAGGAGUGCGUGCAUCACUUGCGACGGUUCGAUUCCAUCGCGACGAUGGAGGGGAAGACGAACGGACGCGGCGGCGGGCACGAGCUCGCCGCGGAGGAGCUGCGGCUCGCGGCGACGGCGCUCGGUCACGUCACCGGUCACGUCGACGUCGAGGAGCUCCUCGACGUCAUCUUCUCCGACUUUUGCAUAGGAAAGUAA